UUGCUACUCAAUGAUAACUGUUUCCCCCAUAUCACAUCUCAAACAUUCAAUUCGCCGUGUGGGAACUCAUUAGGAACUUCCUGUCAUGUAUAUACAAAGAAACGACUUCUGAAUAACGGUAUCAAGGAUGAGGAAAGUCAGUUACGAUAAGAAGAUGGUCCACUCUGCAUACAGUCACAUAACUGUCAUCACUCUGUUGGCAUUUGCAGCCAUAAAUGGAGUUCGAGGCAAACCGGCCCAUGUAAUAGAACGCCUUACCAAUGUUGAAAAUAAAACAUUAGAAAUAAUUACGAAUCUGGCAGGAGCAGAAGGGAGACUGCAAACCAUUAAAGAAAGGAUUUUCAGUCAAAAUCCAACUUCACGAGGUGUAAUAGAAAAACAUUUGGAUUGCCUUGAAACUGCAUACACAUACAGCUGGGGAGAGGUAGUAUUCAACACUCUUGCACAACGUCUCCCCCAUUACCGUGAGGUGAAUCUAGCUGAUGCAGUGAAUUGUGCCAAGGGAGAAUCCUCAGCAUAUCACAAAAAGAUGGAGGAGUUUCCUUUGGAAAACUGUCUCGAAAAUCUACCUUCAGAGAGUCCUCAAGAUCUGGGUGAACUGAAUUUAGAAAUACAAGCAGUUUUCGAACAAAAAGCUCUGUAUAUGAUUAACACUUGUGAGUUUAUUUUUUCUGCACUAAUAAACUGUACAAUCGGAAAUAUGUAUGAGGAAACACUGUGAUGGCAGUGGUAGGAAUGAGAGAGUAGUCUGUGCUUCUCUACUGUUAAUUAGCAGACAAACUCAGUUAUAUGCAACAAUUAUUUUAAUUAGACCAUUCAAAUAAUUCUCAAAAUGUUUCAUCGUUUCUAGUUCUUCAGAAUCUGUACACAACACAUAUCACCAGAGGAUAGUGAAGAGGCGCAUCUAGACAAACGUCAACGUCGACAUAAUACUGAUGAAUACAAGUAGACUGUAGAAGCUUUCGUAAACAUUUCUUUUUUAAUUAAGUUAAAUAAAUCAUUAAUCUGCUA